UUACCAUGUUACUAUGCAACGAGACGCUCGGAAGUGUAGCGCUAUCUCAUAAAUUAAUCAGUAAACAGCUUAUUUCUCCUGUAUAUAUAAUAGUUAUCUAUGCAAAUCAUACACUAAACUAAAUUCUUUCUAUUUUGAAGCGGGGUGGUAAAUAUGGCGGACGUCUGGUGUACUGACACAGGGGAAGCGGUUUAUCGCUCGAGGGACGCAGUUAAAAACUUAAGGAUACGUGUCCGCAUACGGCGUGUGACCUCUACUGCUGCCCUGUCUCAGCACCUCCAUCAGCAAGUGUCUCAACAGGAAAGAGGAGCUAUAGAGCUGGACACCUUCACCUCGCAGACACGAUCAGGCUCCACCAUUGAUGAGGAGGAAAUGGUAAUUGGUUGGCAAGAGAAGUUCUUUAGUCAGUAUGAAGUGGACCUUUACCAGACUGAGUCAAACUGUCAAACACCACUGGAGCAUCAAUAUCACACAGAAAUAUUGGCAAUGGAAAGGGCUAAAAGAAGGAAAAAUCAGCGCAUUUUCACCUACACAGACUUUGAUCGCUUUGCCAAGUGGGAAGAGCAAGCUCAGAGUCUACUGACCCCAGCACAGCCAAUACCUACCUUCUUAGCAGAACGCAUGGCCAGUGUAAGACACAGGAGGCAAGAGAGACGUCCUGUAGACUCCAAUAUUCCCAAGUCCUGUCCAAUCAUGUGGGAACCUUCAGAGGAGUUCAUAAAGAACAGCCACACCAUUAACACACCUGUGCAAAACAUGUACAUUAUGGGAGAUCUUGGGCCUUCAGGGAAGUUGGGCCUGAAAGAAAAUGAAUAUGUGUUAUGUACCAUAAGAGCAGACAGUAAUGGAGUUAUCACAAUCAAACCAGACUUUAACAACAACAGAGGAGCUUACAGGAUAGAGACGAUGGGAGAGAAGAGGGAGGUGUGGCAGCUCUAUCUGGAAAACACCUCAGCAGAUAUUAAUGCAGAAGAAAAAGACAGAGAGCAACGCAUGUACAGAGAUCUGUACAUACGUCACAAAGAUUACCUUAACAGCCUGGUAGGCCAGGACUUUGAGAUGCCACCUCCAGGGGUACUUCGCCUGAUUGUGAAUGGAGAGAUUGUUUCAGCUCAGGGCUAUGAAUAUGACAAUCUCUAUGUCCACUUCUUUCUGGAUCUACCAAACAGUUGGUCCAAUGUUCCCUUUCACUGCCUCUCUGGUGUCACUCAGACCUGUCGCACACGUGUUCUGGGGAAAGAGGAUGUAGCCUUCUUCUCCUAUCCAUUUAGCUUUGAGUCCUUCUUCAGAAAAGAGGAUGAGUCUGAUGAAUCAUUACCCCAGUGGCCAGUGUUAUAUUUUAAAGUUCUCUCCUUGGAUUUCUGGCAACGGUACAGAACUGAAGGCUAUGGUUUCCUUGUCAUUCCCUCAACACCAGGGUGUCACAAAAUGACCUGCCGCACAUGGAGACCCCUGCAGUCAAGCACGGCUGAACUGAGGCGCUUCUUUAUUGGUGGAGGUCCUGAACUUGAGGAUGUCAGUUAUGUCAGAAUACCUGGCACUUUUAAGGGAGAGCGAUUGAGUCGAUGUGGUUUUCGGACACAGACGACUGGAAGUGUGACCUUUACUCUUAAUUGCAUACAGCAUGCUAGGGCUUUUAUUGAUGCCAGCUCCCUGAAGAGGAGGAGACAGACUGUUCUGGAUCAGCUGGGCGGCCACAGUCAGCAGGGCUCUGUCUAUAAUGUACUGGAAGCAUUUCAAAAGGCCCGUAAACGCAUGCACGACGCCAGAGAGAGUUUACCCAGAGAUCUCAUCAGUACCACUGUACAACUUAACUCAGAGUCUUCUGCAUAGUAAAACAUGAAACCCUUAUAAAAUAAAUGGAAAAAUACUGUUUCUGUUCAUUUGAAAACCUUGUUUGCUGUAUUAUAUUUAUGUAUAUAUGCACAAAGUUUCUGUGAUUCAAAGAAAGUAAGUUUUCUUCUGAAAUCUUAAUUUAGAUUUGGAUUUUUUAAACAGUUGUUGUAUAUAAGCUCGUUUUUAAUGUUUGUAUUAAAUAAGUAAAUCCCUACAUACUUUAUAUAUUUCUAUGAUAAGUAU